UACCUGAAAUCGCCGUACUGGUGGCUCGGCCAGAUCUUGAUAACCUUGGGAGAGGCGGGCAACUUCCUGGCGUACGGCUUUGCGCCCGCCUCCAUCGUGUCCCCCCUCGGCGUCGUCGCUCUCGUGUCCAACUGCAUCAUUGCCCCCGUCAUGUUUCACGAGAUAUUCAGGCCCCGCGAUGCCUGGGGCGUCCUGAUUGCCGUGUCCGGCGUGGUCACCGUCGUCCUGAGCGCGAAUCAGAAGGAGACGAAGCUGAACCCCGACGAUGUGUGGGGGGCCAUUACGACAAUGGAGUUUGAAAUCUACCUCGGCGUCACCACGCUGCUCAUUGUUCUUCUCAUGUGGGCGAGCACCAAAUACGGCAAGCGGACCAUUCUCAUAGACCUCGGCCUCGUUGGUCUCUUUGGAGGAUAUACGGCCCUGGCAACCAAGGGCGUCUCGUCGAUGCUCUCCACCAGCUUCCUGGCCGCCUUUACCACGCCCGUCACAUAUGCGCUCGCCUUUGUCCUCCUCUCCACCGCCAUUAUGCAGAUUCGCUACGUCAACAAGGCCCUGUCCCGCUUCGACUCGACCCAGGUCAUCCCCGUACAGUUCGUCAUGUUUACACUGUGUGUCAUCACCGGCAGCGCAGUGUUGUAUCGCGACUUUGAAAAGACAACCAAGAAGCAGGCGGCCAAGUUUGUGGGCGGCUGCCUACUCACCUUCUUUGGCGUCUUUCUCAUCACCUCUGGCAGAGACCAG